UGCCUCACAGGCGACCAGGAGUUUUCCCCUGUGUAUGUGGAUGCCUGGCUGUGACUCUUUCUUUGUGUGCCGAGGACCUUCCCCUUCCAUGAGUUAUGCUUUUCUGUGUUUUUCUUUUGUCUAUCUUUUCAUCUAUCUGUCCGUCUAUGUGUUUUCUAUGUCCUGCGCUCACUUCCAUUCAAUCGUCUCUUGUGUACGCCAGCUUCUGUGGUGCAGCAGAUCUGUCAUACAGAUAGCUGAUCCUUGACACUCACUUUUCGCUUUGUUUUCGAAUGUGUCAACUCUUUACGGUGUCACCUCCUCCCACCCUUUGUCAACUAUUGCUUCAACUCUUCCCUUGUCCUUGGGAAUGACUGUCAAAUGAAGACAAGUUCAGGAUAAUGGAAGACCCUCUUGUCACUUUCAAGUGGAUUUUACGUUGCAUCACGCAAUGCCAGUCAUGCAAAGAAGCAUGUCGGGCCCUCAGGGGCCAAAUUGGUGUUUGGAGAAGGUAGUGGGAGUAGAUUGCAGUUCACCGGAGCCAUGUUGCAUUUGGCUUGCAAGCUCAAGGAAUGGAGAACGAAAGUCGGCAACUCUUCCGACCAGGACAAGGGGUUCCCAUUGGGGUAUACAGCAAGGGGCCCCCUUAGCCCCACGAGAUGGGGGUCGACUCAGCAACUCCCCACCUCCUGAAGAGCCCUUUACAUGGGUCGGACCCAGGACACUGAUCAUCAGGAAAACCCGGCAUGGAUUCGGCUUCACUCUGCGCCAUUUUAUUGUGUAUCCACCUGAAUCCGCUGUACAUUCCUCACAACAGGAAGAAAAUGGCGGUGCAGAUUAUCCCUCUGCAUCCAGUCGUCUGGAACCAAUGGACACCAUUUUUGUCAAGCAGGUUAAGGAGGGUGGACCUGCCCAGCAGGCUGGAUUGUGCACUGGUGACCGUCUCGUAAAGGUUAAUGGAGAGAGCAUAAUCGGGAAAACGUAUUCACAAGUCAUUGCCCUGAUACAAAACAGUGAUGAUGUAUUGGAACUCUCUAUUAUGCCACGGGAUGAAGACAUACUACAGCUGGCAUACUCGCAAGAUGCAUAUCUCAGAGGGAAUGAGCCAUACCGUGGAGGUGCACAUAGUAUUCCUGAGCCACCCCCUGUGUUCUAUCCAUGGCGGGGUCAGCCACCUGAACAUUCUCCUGGGUAUCCGGUGAGCUCCAGAGUACAGCGCUCCAGCUAUGAGGAUUAUUCUUCCGUCAGAAGCCCGAUGCAUGGUGAUGUACCAAGGAGCAGCGCUGCCCACCAUGACAGCUAUUCCAGACCUGUUCCUAAUCCUCUCCCUCCCCCCAGACCCUACAUGGGGUCCCCAUCCUCUUCUGACAGAUUUAGAGGGCCAGGCCCUCCAUGCAAUUCUGCAUAUGGUUGGACUUCACGCUAUCAGCCAGAACCACCAAGUCAAGCUCCUGUAGACUCAUGGGAGCAACAAACCAACCCCCGCUGGGUGAGUCAGUGGGAGAGACACCAAGCACUGUGCAACUGGAUGUCCCAGCAGACGCCUCGAAGGAGAGGUUCUGCUUUGCCCCCGAGAAGACGUAGUGCCUCACAAGAUCGCCUAGGAGAAGUCUCCCAUCAUAGUAAUUGGCCUCAUAGUGUGUCUCAGGAUACUCUCCACCAUGCCCCUGAUAAUGAUUCUUGGGGUCAUCGGGCGCAGUCGGACAAUUUCCUGGCACGUUAUGGAAGGUCGGCGGAGCAACUGGAGCUGAAUGCUUUAAUAUCUCCACCGUAUGAACGCCCUAUGUGGUCCAGAGACAGACCUCCACGGACAACUCAAGUAGUGUCACGUCCUUCUGCAAGUCAGACUGUGCCAUCUGUCCCUAGAGAAGUAGCCAAACCUCCAACCCAGCACUCUAGUUCUGGGGAUUCUGGGUACAUAGGGUAUCGGAGUUAUAGCCCAUCUUUUCAGCGUCGGACUGAGCUGCUGCAUGCUUUUUCCUUUAGGGAGACUGCAUUUAGUGGCCUCCCUACAUUUAGGACAGCACAAUAUCCAAGUUCUCCCCCAUCCCCGACAGAAAGAAGAGAGCCAUCCGUAAGUGUCAGCUCCACAGAUGACAGCAGUGCCGCAGAGGAAAGGAGAGAGGAGGUGGUACUGAGGCAGAAGCCUCCAUCAGGGCGCAAGCCGCCGGCAGCUGCACGACAAGUCAAUGUGCUUUUUCCUGAGGAAGGCAAAGACUUAGAGUUCCCACCUUCUCCUGCUGGCAGUGAGGAGACAACUAGUGAACGACCAUUGCAGAGGAUACCUCCCUUACCGUUUUCUGAGGAGCCUCUGGCAUCGAUCCCUUUUAUUGAUGAGCCAACAAGUCCAAGUAUUGACCUGCGAGCCAAACAUGUCCCUGCCUCCUGUGUGGUAUCCAGCGCUAUUAACUCUGCCCCUGUGAUCUCUGACAGCCCUUCCUCCCCAACAUUUAGCUUUUCAAUUGGUCGCCAUUACUCACAGGAUUGCAGCAGCAUUAAGUCCAGUCGGCGUUCCUCUUACCUUUUGGCCAUCACCACUGAGCGCUCAAAAUCUUGUGACGAUGGACUCAACACAUUCCGGGAUGAAGGGCGGUUGCAAAGGAGAGUUGUGGGCCGUGUGCCGAGUCUGCGGAUGCUGCGGAGCUUCUUCACUGAUGGGUCUUUGGAUAGUUUGGUUGCGUCUGAGGACGGUCGGUCUAAACGCCAUUCAGCUUCUGAGCUUUCAGAUCCAGAGCUCAGUGAUGUGCACCGGGAAGGAUGGCUGCUCUAUAAACAGAUUCUCACCAACAAGGGCAAGAAGGUUGGCGGCGGGCUUCGUCAGUGGAAGCGCGUGUACUCCAUCCUGCGCCCUCACCUCCUCUUCUUGCACAAGGAGCGUCCAGAGACACGGGGUCCAGGGCCAGGUGAGGAGGAGCAGCCGAUCAGCAUCCUUGGAAGCCUGGUGGACAUCUCUUACAGCGACACCAAGAAGAAGCACGUCUUCCGGCUGACGACACCUGACUUCUGUGAAUAUCUCUUUCAGGCUGAGGAUCGGGAUGAUAUGUUGGGCUGGGUAAAAGCUAUCAGAGAGAACAGCCGGGAUGAGGGUGAGGACCCUGGCUUUGCCAGUCAUGCUUUGAUUAACAAGAAGCUUAAUGACUAUCGCAAAGUGAGUGUUACCGGGGCUAAGCCUGACACAUCCCCUAAGGGGACAAGAAGUUUAGGCAUUCGAUCAGAUCUGUUAUGGGCAACAGGUCUGGCUGCCCCUCGCUCACCCAAGCAGGACAGUGCUGUAAAAGCAGAGGAAGGGCCUUCUUCCAAAGUUCCUUGGGGAAUCAACCUCAUGAAGAAAAACAAAAAGUGUCCACCAAGGGCUUUUGGAGUAAGAUUAGAGGAUUGCCAACCAGCAGAAGAGAACAAGGGGGUUCCUCUGAUAGUGGAAAUGUGCUGUACACUGGUUGAACAGAAGGGUCUGGAGUAUUUGGGAAUAUAUCGUGUUCCUGGAAAUAAUGCAGUAGUGAGCAGUCUGCAAGAAUAUCUCAACAAGGGUCUGAUUGAAUCCAACAUACAGGACCAGCGCUGGCAGGACUUGAACGUGGUCAGCAGUUUGCUAAAAUUAUUCUUCAGAAAGCUGCCUGAACCCCUCUUCACUGACGACAAGUACAACGAAUUUAUAGAAGCAAAUCGCUUAGAGGAUUCCAGGGAGAGGAUGAAGAGACUUCGCAAACUGAUUAAAGAACUCCCCUCAUACUAUUAUGAAACGCUGAGCUUCUUGGUUCGUCACCUGAAGACUGUGGCGGAUCACUCAGAGAAGAACAAGAUGGAGCCCAGGAAUCUGGCCUUAGUCUUUGGUCCUACACUUGUUCGCACCUCUGAAGACAACAUGACAGACAUGGUGACACACAUGCCAGACCGCUAUAAGAUUGUAGAAACGCUUAUCCAACAUGCUGACUGGUUCUUUAGUGAUGAGCAUGAAAAAGCUGAAAAGACUCCAGUAGAUGAGUCGGAUGCACAGUCUGUACCAAAUAUCGAACACCUUCUGCCAAACAUUGGACGGACAAUAGCACCAGGAGACACCUCAGAUUCAACCAACAGUGAUUCAGCCAAAACAAAGGCAUCUCGAAAGGAGAUCUAUGCCCGUGAUAUCCUGUCCAUUCCCUUCAUUUCAGCAGUAAACCGUAAACGCAGGAAACGAAGAGAUGAGAAGCGCUUUGGGAGCAGCACAGAGGAGGACGACUCUGAGCAGGAGGUAACACUAUUGGGGCAGCCAGAACAGAAUGUAGAGAUCAUAGGAAAGCAAGAAACGGCUGAAAACCCCCAAGAUCCAGUGUGUCCAGAGACCCAAGAUGGAAAGUUACUAGAUGGAGGGGAGAAUGGAGCAGAGACUAAAAGCUCUGAAACUAGGUGGCCAGCUCCAGUAGAGGAAAGGAUCCCUGCAGAUGCCCGUUCAAUCGUGUCUGGAUACUCCACUCUCUCUACAUUGUGCUCAGAGCCGGCCUCAAGUGUCCGCGGUGGGGAUGAGGCUGACGAUGAGCGCAGUGAAUUCAGCCACAUGGAAACAGACACAGAGGUGGGCGGAGGAAGAGAAACAGAACGGCCACGCUCACAGGAUUCCUUCACGUCUCAAAGGCUCAUUCCUGGAGAUACACUAGCUCGUAGAAAAUUUGGUAAAGGUAAACUUGAAGGCUCUGAGGAGCCAGUGUCCUCACACUCCCGUACACCUCAGCGCAUUAGGCCGGCAGCGGACGAUCUUUGCAUGGCAGCCAUGCGGAAGCCCGGAUCUCCAGAAACCAGACGCAGGAAAAGCGCUUGGCGACGACACACUGUGGUGCUCCCUGGGCAGCUUACUGACCUUAAUUUUAAUGACUGGAAGGAGCCAGUUCUUGGAGCAACGUCUGCUUCUGAACCCAGUGCCCGAUUAAGUGGUGGUGCCUGGGCAGAGGGAAGGGACUCGGGACUGAGCAGCUUGGAAUCUCAGAAAGCCAAAACCCCAGCAGUCCAAGAACCUGUAGCCAACAAAGGGUCCAAAUCCCAGAAUCCUUCUCUUCCUGGACUCCGCCAUUAUUUGUAAACACUCCGUUGUUACCAUAAUCCGUGAAUGCUACAAGAUGUUCUCUCUCAUUAUUCCACAGAUGCCAUGACUUCAGCCACUUUUGGAAAGAAAAGGAUUUUUAUUUUUUACAUUGUUUUGUCCUUUUAUUUUUCUUCUUAAACAGUUCAUUCUUGUCUGGUGCCAUCUAUUCAGACCAGAUACUUUACAGGACCUUGCAAUGAGUCUUGGAAAGUGUCUACAAUAUCUCCCCCCCCCCCCCACAUAAAUGACCAGCCAUUCAUGCGUGGUUACUACGUUACAAAACAAACAAGCGAUGA